UAUCAGUGAUUAUUGUGUCAGGUGGAGGAGCACCGCUCUGCUGUAUUAACAAACACCAACAUUUGGAUUCGUUUUCGGGACAGAGGACGGAUUCAAGUUCGGAGCGGUUCUCACAACAGUUGUUCUGGUUCGGAGAGCCUGAGAAGCGGGUCUGACCUUGUUUUUMGUGAGCUUAGAAAGCCCAGCAGAGUGGGAAAGUUUAUUUUAUCUUCGGCUUUCUGGCAUUCAUCAUGUUCUGAUAGAGACCAGAACCUGCGGCAGCCAACAUGCUGAGGCGUCUUGACAAAAUCCGGUUUCGGAGCCAAAGACGAGACGAGUUCCUUGACCCRACCGAGUCGCCCAACACAUCAGACACAGAAUGCAGCGACGACGUCGUGAUGAAAACACGCUUCUUGCCCAGGGAGCAAGAAGAGCUGAGGAAACCUGAGUUAGAACAGCAGAUGGAAGSCCAGGCUGGUCCUGCAUCAUUUCUGGCAGGUGUCCAAGAAGAGCCAAAGACUGAUUUGAAUGAGGUGAAAGGACUUCUAGAAAUUGCUUUGUUAGAAAAACACUUCUUACAGGAGGAGCUGAGGAAACUGAAAGAUGAGUCCCACAUAGAUUCACUUAAACAGGAACUGGAGAAAGAACGAUGCAGACGCAUUGAGCUGGAACAGAAAGUCAAUGAUGCCAUAAAAUUAGGAGUUGAGGAUUUUCCAUCUCAGUCACCAAAACCUCCAUCCCCUCAACCUUCUCUAAGCAGCAGUACAGAAAAACAUAAAGAGACUUUAUACAACAGCUUCCUGAAAUGGCUUUACAAUCGUUUUGGCGUUUACAUYGAAGACUUCCGCUUCCAGCCAGAGGAGACAACUUUGGAGACAGAGGAGCCACUAAGUGCAAGAAGACUGACUGAAAACAUGAGACGACUCAAACGAGGGUUCAGACCUGUGACAAACUUCAUGAGGAACCUGUCUGCCUUAUCCAGCUGGUACUCUGUGUACACGUCUGCCAUUGCCUUCAUUGUGUACAUGUAUGCAGCGUGGCAUGGCUGGGUCAUCCCCAUGUUCCUGUUCUUUGCAAUUCUCCGCCUUUCCCUGAAUUAUCUCAUUUCCAGAGGCUGGAGGAUCCAGUGGAGUAUCGUACCUGAAGUGUCUGAGCCAUUGGAACCUCCAAAAGAAGACUUAACUGUAUCUGAGAAGUUCCAGUUGGUUCUCGAUAUUGCUCAGAAAGCUCAGAAUCUUUUUGGAAAGAUGGCCAAUAUCCUUGAGAAGAUAAAAAAUCUGUUCAUGUGGGUCCAGCCAGAGUUGACUCAAAAGCUCUACGUGGGACUGUGGGUGGCCUUUGUCUCCUCGUGCCUGUUACCUUACCAGCUUCUGGGCUUCAUCAUAGGUGGUUAUGCAGGUGUCAAGUUCUUUAUCAUUGACUUCAUCUUUAAAAGUUGCCCCAAGCUACGGCAGCGCUUUGACACCCCCUGCAUCAUCUGGACCAACUUGCCCACCGACCUGCAGCUGAAGGAGCGCAGCAACACCACCCUGAGUAGACGGCUGUCUGAGUGUGAACAGGUUGCCACAGCAGGGGGCCGAGUGAGCGUUUGUACUGCUGCUCCUCUCGGUGCCAGCAGAGAAGAAGAUGGCGGCCGAUACUACAGCACAAAGAGAGGAGCAUUUCACGAGGUUUUCAGCCUUCCGGAGAGUGAGCGCCCUCUGCCAGUGUGUGAGAACGGCUGGCGCUGCUGCCUGAUCAAUAGAGACAAGAAGACACCAACAGACUACAUCCGUCACGGAGUCCUGUAUGUUACAGAGAACCACUUGUGCUUCGAGAGCUCCAGCUCAAGAUCUGGUUCUUCAAAGAGGAAUAAAGUCAUCAAACUGACCGAAAUCACUGAAAUCCAGAAGUAUAAGGUUUUGUCAGUGCUACCUGGUUCAGGGAUGGGGAUCUCCAUAGCAACGCCUACCACCCAAAAGCCGAUGGUGUUUGGUGCCAUGAUGCACAGAGAUGAGGCAUUUGAUGCCAUCUUCUCCCAGCGCACAAAGAUGGUUGAAAAGGCUCGAGCUAAAAAUCCAGAGACAUAGUGUGAGAUCGUCCUCAACGUACUGUUAAGGAUCUGGGUUGCUGUCCUUCAUAGCAUGUUUUCAAAGUAACUUAAAAUAUUCCAGUACAGCAGUUUCMYGCUGUUGGAGGUGAUCCACAGUCUGUGCAAUCUGGAUCAGCAUACUGUCUGCAUACAAUGUGCCUGCAUACAAUGUGACUCUGGAGCUGAGUACACAUGUACUGAUGAGACUGCACAUGAACAAUUUGAAACUGUUCAAAUUCAGCUGUACAGUUUCCUCCACAAGACGGCAUCCUUAAUGCUCUAGAACAGUUUCCUUUUUCAGCAGUGAUUUAAAAAAAAACAAACACAUGCUGUCCUCUUGAUUAGACUUCUGGUCUUUUGUUUAUAUUCAGUUUCAGGGCAAUGUAAAUAAUUUAAAUUAGGGAUUUUUUUUUCUCCCUUUUUAGGAGAAUGGAUUUAGUUGGAGGUAUAACCACUUUGAACCAGUUUGAAACCUUUACAGCAGUGGUCCCCAAACUACGGCCCGCGGGCCGGAUCCGGCCCGCCUCCACAUUUGGUCCGGCCCCCUGAACAA